AUGGCAUUUCCCAUUCCGGGACUUCACCGUAAAACCCAGACUAACAAACUCCCGUCGCUAAUGGAAGCCCGUAACGAAAACGAGCACGUCAUCGACAUUGCCAGCAGCAGCAGCAGCAAUAAUCAUCAUUCCCCCUCAGUUUCGUCCAACGAGAGGCUGCCAGGUGGCGAGCCUUCCACGAGCUCGAGAAACCCGGUCUAUCAGACCUCGAGGAAUUCGUCAUUAGCCCGGAGAGCUAACAGCCGUGGCCGCCAGAGGAGCCCGUUGAAUUCUGCUGUGUGGAUAUCUGUGGAGUUAGUUCUUACGGUUAGCCAGAUUAUUGCGGCUGUUGUGGUUUUGUCGCUUUCGGAGCACGAGAGCCCACGGGCCCCAUUGAGGGCUUGGAUCGUGGGCUAUGCGUCCGGUUGUUUCGCGAUUCUUCCUCUUCUGUACUGGCGUUUUAAGCACCGGAACCAGGUUCUUGAACAGGAUGGGGCCCAGCGUGUAGAUUCUUCUUCACAGGGAUUGAAUGGUAAUAAUGGUGGGCUCUUGACUAGGAGAGUCAUGGAAGGGGAGGAGCGUCGAGCAAAUGGUGCAGUAAUCAGAGGCAACCAAAGUAAUGGAUUAUUGAACUCGAGGCUUAAGGUGUUUGUUGAGUAUUUCAAGAUGGCUUUGGAUUGCUUCUUUGCUGUCUGGUUUGUUGUUGGCAAUGUAUGGAUUUUCGGAGGGCACUCAUCUUCCAGUGAAGCUCCCAAUCUGUACAGGUUGUGCAUAGUAUUUCUAGCCAUCAGUUGUAUCGGUUAUGCAAUGCCGUUUAUUCUGUGCACGACAAUCUGCUGUUGCCUGCCGUGUAUAAUAUCUGUUCUUGGCUUCAGAGAAGAUUUUGCGCAUAAUAGAGGAGCAACUCAAGAGUCGAUUAAUUCCCUGCCGACUUAUAAAUUUAAAAUAAAGAAAAGUCGAAGCUCCAAUGAUAAGGAGACUGGUGGAGGAGUCGAGGGUGGGAUAGUGGCUGCCGGGACAGAGAAAGAGCGUGUGAUAUCAGGAGAAGAUGCU